AUGUCACGGUUGCGUGAAUUCAUCCGUUUCCAUCAGAUUCCGAAUCCGUUACGACAACGGCUUGAGGAAUACUUUCAGCAUGCAUGGUCGUACACCAACGGCAUUGACAUGAACCUGGUGCUGAAAGGGUUUCCGGAUUGCCUACAAGCCGAUAUUUGUCUACAUCUUAAUCGGAAUCUGUUGAGUAGUUGUCCGGCGUUUGCUGGUUCAUCACCUGGAUGUUUACGAGCGUUAAGUAUGCGAUUUCGAACCACUCACGCUCCACCGGGUGACACACUAGUACAUCGUGGUGACAUACUUACCGGAUUGCAUUUCAUCGCAAGAGGCAGCGUGGAGAUCCUUAACGACGACAACACCGUCAUGGGUAUUCUCGGAAAGGACGACAUAUUCGGCGAAAAUCCGUUGCUGUACGAAGAUGUGGGAAAGUCAUCGUGUAACGUUCGAGCUUUGACUUACUGCGAUCUUCACAAAAUUCUCAGGGACGAUCUGUUGGACGUGCUCGACAUGUAUCCAGAAUUUGCGGAGAAUUUUUGUAAAAACCUCAUCAUAACGUACAAUCUUCGUGACGAAUCACAAUCGACUCGAAAACGAUUCGAUCGUCACAAGUUGCUGCGGAUGUCGUCGUCACUGAACAAGGAUCGAUACGGUACGCCCGUGGAUGGUUCGUCGUGUUUGUCUUCUUUAUCUUCUUCUUCUUCUCUUCUUUACGUUUUUUCCGAGUGUAGUGUACAGCUGCGUUCUUAUGCUUGA